AUGGAAUCCAUACAUCGUCUCGCAACAACCGAAGCCCUACGCUCACUGGAUCAUGUAGAUCUCACUUUAAAACUGGAACUGGUAGACAACAUACGGAGUAAUUUUAAGCUCACACAAAACCGCCUGGAAGAAGAAGAUCCUGACGAAUUGGAUACUGAUGCUCGACAGCAGUUCUUGAACAUAUUUCUUUCAGUCAAAGGCGCCAUCACUCGCGAGCUACAGUCCAACCGCUUAGAUAGCCAUUUACAUUCAACCACACGCAAUUUUUCGCCUCAGGACUCGCAAUCUGUGGUUGUUCUAAAGCAACCAAAAUCUUGUUUACCGGAACUGAAGUUGCCAACGUUUAGAGGCAACUACUCAGAUUGGCCACAAUUUUUCUCCAUGUUUCGCACCAUAAUUGACCGAGAAGCUGAAUUAACUAAAGUGGAAAAACUCCAACAUCUCCGCUCAUGCCUUGCAGAUGCCGCGUUGGACACCAUCAAGUCCUUAGAAAUUCGCGAAUCUAACUAUGAUAAAGCUCUUGAAUUACUAAAUAACCGAUAA